AAGGCUGAACUGCUGAGUCUGACACUUAACAGGACUUCGGCAUUCCCCUGAAUACAGACUAGAUCAGAGAUUUUAUUUUUUUAAUUGAAAAGUAACUUGGGUUCUCUUUAGAAACCCUUAUUUGGUGUGCGCAUCUGGCUAUUUCACAGAGAUUUCAGUUUUGCAAAGAAGUAGGAGUUGAUUUCUUCCCUCAGACAAGCUAUUGGUUGUUGGUGGGCAACAGAAGUUGCUCAGCAUAGACAGGGGGAAAAACGGUUCUGGCUGAGACUGAAAGAAAACCUCAAAGGAGAACUCUGAGAAUUCAUCUCAGGAUGAAGCUACAAGGGCAAAGGAGAAGUACUUGUGACACAAGCAAAUGGGGUCCAUUGAUCAACAGAUGCAAGAAGAUUCUUCUCCCAACUACUGUACCUCCUGCAACGAUGAGAAUCUGGCUCCUAGGAGGCCUGCUGCCAUUCCUGCUGCUCCUCUCUGGCCUGCAGAGACCCACAGAGGGUUCUGAGGUUGCAAUUAAAAUCGACUUUGACUUCGCACCAGGUUCUUUUGAUGAUCAGUACCAAGGCUGUAGCAAACAGGUUAUGGAGAAACUAACUCAAGGGGAUUAUUUCACAAAAGACAUAGAAGCCCAGAAGAAUUAUUUUAGGAUGUGGCAAAAAGCCCACUUAGCCUGGUUUAACCAAGGAAAAGUUCUACCCCAGAACAUGACUACCACACACGCUGUGGCUAUUUUGUUUUAUACAUUGAACAGCAAUGUUCGUUCUGACUUUACUAGAGCCAUGGCCUCUGUUGCCAGGACUCCACAGCAGUAUGAACGUUCAUUCCACUUCAAAUAUUUACACUACUACCUCACCUCAGCAAUCCAGCUGCUGAGGAAAGACAGCAUCAUGGAGAAUGGCACUCUGUGCUAUGAGGUGCAUUAUAGGACGAAGGAUGUCCACUUCAAUGCCUACACAGGGGCCACCAUUCGAUUUGGCCAAUUCCUCUCCACAUCCCUCCUGAAAGAAGAGGCACAGGAGUUUGGGAACCAGACACUAUUUACCAUAUUCACCUGCCUGGGUGCACCUGUACAGUACUUCUCCCUCAAGAAGGAAGUCUUGAUCCCUCCCUAUGAGCUGUUUAAAGUUAUAAAUAUGAGCUACCAACCAAGAGGAAACUGGUUGCAGUUGAGGUCAACUGGGAACCUGAGCACAUAUAACUGUCAGCUGCUAAAAGCUUCCAGCAAGAAAUGCAUCCCUGAUCCUAUAGCUAUUGCAUCUCUCUCCUUUUUGACCAGUGUCAUCAUCUUUUCCAAAAGCAGAGUAUAAACGAAUCUUGUGGCUCCUUUUAUUUAAAAAAAUAUUUAAAUAAAAUCUUUUUUAUUGGCCUUUUGGCUAGAAAUGGACAUUUAUUUUCAAGGAAGGAUGAUCCCAUCAUACUUCUGCUGAAAUCAGUGCAUGGCCUCCUCUUUGCUAAUUCUCUUAUGCCUUUCCUUGUACCCCUUUUCCUUAUUUCAAUCUGGGCACCCUAAGUACUCUUGGGGAAAUCACUUUGCCCAGCUAGCAACUGAUGCAGAGCUGGCUCAGCCCACUGACUGUGAUUGGCCUGUAACUCAGGCCUUAGCCAAUCAGUAUAUUUCUUCUUCAUGGACACAAAGAUUCAUGCGGGAAUAGAAAAUGAUCCAAUCAGAGCCUGUGAGAUACAAUCAGAGUACUUUUGUGGAAUUGCAAUUGGAAAUAGAAUGGGAGCUUCUUUUCUGAAUGGAUAUUAAUGAAAGCAGGGUAGGAGCUUAUAGCUGCCAGCAAAGAUCCUGCCACCAGGAGAGGAGACCCUAUCUCCUUGAGAAAGGACCUAACACAACAAAGGAAGAGCUGAUAAGUGAAAAGAAACUGAGACCUGAUGAGAAUGUAUAAGCCUCUGGAUCCAACUUUGCCUAAAGCUGAAUACUACAAGAUUUUUCAUUAUAUAAAUCAAUAAUUUAUGUUUUUGCUUGCACAUUUUGAAUUAGAUUUUCUGUCAAGCAUCAAGCAGUUGAAGUUCCAAUGAAUACAAGGACUCUUCCUUAUUUUUUUUAAUUUAGUUAUUCUAAAUAGGAACAAAUCAAAGAGGAUCAAAUUAGAAAGCAAAGGACAAAUUCUUCACCAAACAGAAAAGCCUUGAACCCCAGAGAUUAACCAAGGUGUGAAUUUUCUUCAGAGAUUUUUUAUGAGCAUUCAAGAUUAAGCUAGUAUGGCCUCAGAUGAGAAGACACAUGGAAACUUGAGAAAUAAAAGGGAAAGUUAAUGAAAGAUGUUAGUGAAAUUUCAUUCACCAGCA